AUGAGUUCUACAAUGUUUCCCAUCUCGUUCGAAGCACCCCGACCCGGCCUCUACGCCUGGCUCGCCGGAAUCCUCGCCGCACCCAUCCUCUCAUUCCUUCUAGCAUACUUCUACUACGUCCCAAACACCAUCAAAGACCCCCGCCGCCGGCACCUCCCCCCCGGCCCGCGCGGCCUCCCCUUCAUCGGCAACAUGCUCGACCUCGCCGACUCGGACCAGGUCCGCCACAAAGUGCGCGGCUGGCACGCGCGCUACGGCGCCAUCUUCCACACCAAGAUCGGCGGCAGCGACUACAUCUGGCUGUCCUCACCACGCACCGUCAAAGACCUGAUGGACAAGCGCUCGUCCAUCUACUCGUCGCGCGCGGCCCUGCCGCUCGCGCAGGACGUGGCCAGCGGCGGACGGCGCCAGCUGUUCCUGCCGUACGGCCCGCGCUGGCGCCAGAUACGCAGGCACGGGCACGCGCUGCUCAGCGCGACGGCCGCGACGCGCUACCAGCCGAUCCAGGACUACGAGUCGAAGCAGCUGCUGGCGGAGAUGCUCGCCGCACCGGGGGAGUUUUAUCAGAUCAAUCGGCGGUAUGCGGCGAGCGUGAUUAUGCUGUCGACGUAUGGGAAGCGCGUGAGGUCGUGGGAUGAGCCGGUGAUGAGGAGGGUGUUUGCGGUUAUUGAUAAUUUGACCGAGAUGACGGCGCCGGGGGCGCAUGCGGUGGAUAGUUUUCCGGGGUUGGCGGGGUGGCCGGAGUGGUUGUUGGGGGGUUGGAGGCGGUUUGGGAGGAGAGUGUUUGAGCAUGAUAGUGAGGUGUAUUUGGGGUUGUGGAGGGAGUUGAAGGAGGAGGUGGAUAGGGGCGUGGCGAGGGAUUGCUUUUGCAAGGAGUUUUAUCUGAAUGAUCCGGAGAAGAGUGGGAUUGAUGAGCUGUCGGCGGCGUAUACGUGUGGGGGGUUGGUGGAGGCGGGGUCCGAGACGACGGCGUCGACGUUGAACAACUUCAUUCUUUGUAUGACGUUGUUUCCGGAGGCGAUGCGGACGGCGCAAGAGGAGAUCGACCGAGUUGUGGGUCCGGAUCGGCUGCCGCAGUGGGAAGACGAGCAGAAGCUGCCGUAUACGAGAGCACUGAUCAAGGAGGUUCUGAGAUGGCGACCCGUCAACAAGUUCGGCAUGACGCAUGCGAGCUCGGAGGAUGACUGGUAUGAGGGGUUCUUCAUUCCCAAAGGAUCCGUGGUUGUGCUGAAUUGGUGGGCAAUCCACAUGGACCCUUCCAUCCACAAAGAUCCAGAGCACUUCGACCCGGCAAGGUACCUCAACAAGCCGCUUGGGGCCGCAGAGUACCUCAAUACCAGUGAUCCGUACGAGCGAGAUCAUUUCACCUACGGUGCCGGGCGGCGCGUUUGCCAAGGUAUUCAUCUGGCCGAACGUUCUUUGUACAUCAACAUUGUGCGGACUUUGUGGGGUUUCAAUAUCACGAAAAAGAUAGACUCGGAGGGGAAGGAGAUCGAGCCUGAUUGCGGCAUGGUUAGAGGUUUCUUGUCCGUUCCCAACCCCUUCCUUACGGACAUCAAGCCUCGAUCGGAGAAACACGCUGAGAUUAUUCGGACAUCAUUCGAGGAGGCGGAGAAAGAAGGCCUGAAUUAUUGA